CCCACACCUCUCCAUCACUAUGCCUGCCAGACUCAUAGGUGUCAUGAUGGGCUUCAACCACGACAGGGACAUCCGAGCCGUCUCCCACAUUCCGGACAACUACUGGGAAAAGAAGCAAUGGACCCGCUUCAUUCUGUUCUUCCUCUUUGCCGCCGUUCACACGAAUCUCAAAAUUCUCCUCGUCGCCCUAUUUGCUCUAUACUACCUCGCCUGGGUACUACCCCUUGAAGUCGCCUGUUGGAGCAUCAUCCGACUCUGUGAACUAUCUGGCAGAUUCUUCUGGGUUACACGAGGGCAAUCGAGCAAGGGACCAGAAGAAUUGUGCAGCACUUGGGAGAUGUGCAAUAUUCGGUGGGAGGAAUUUGUUCGAUGGGCUCUGUUCACGCUUUUCGACGAUGAAGAUGAGGAAGAGAUGCCCUUGAUGGUAGGAGGACUGAUGCCAUCGAGAGGAAGAAUGGUGAGAAGGGAAGGAACUCCGAAGGUACCCGUUGAGGAUUGGAGGUCAGUGCUCUGUCUGUUUUCCCAACUCUGCUGCAACGGAACUGCACCGUGGACCUCUUGGAGGGGAAGUGAGCUUCGCUCGUGCAGGACCACGCAAAAGGAAAAGUCUAGAGGAAUGAAGAGGGUUUUACCCGUUGGUAGGUUCGUUUGGAUUUAG